AUGGGUAAUUCGCAGACGAAAGAGACCCGGCCGUCUCAUUCGCAGUCAACCCGCCGAAGCCACCAGUGGGGUUCUAGCAGCCAUGGAAGAUCCCCGUACAGCGACCGGCACCACUCGGAGGGUUCUAGGUCGCAUCGAAGUAGCAGGCCGGACCUGUCAAUUCUCGGUAUAGGUGGAAGCUCAGAUCGUGAUCGCGAUCCGGCAACGGUACUUGAACAUCGACGAGAAAGCAAACAGGAGCGAGAAGCUCGUCGUUUAGAGAAAGAGCGUGCCGCUCGCCUCAAGGAACGGGAACGGAGUAUGAGGGAGGAGCAUGUCGAUGGAGGCUACUUGGUUACGCAAGGCGUUUAUACUGGGUCUGAAGAUUUCAACAAGGCCAUCGUCCGCCAAUUGAUGAUUGAACGGCGACUUGCGCCAUUUUGGAGGGGCCUGAAUGAUUUUUCAGAUUCAUGGACCGAGCAUCAACUCAUGGCUGUAGCGCGUGGGUUGCCAAUACCCCCACCAGAUGAAAUCCCCCCCGAACUGGAAUAUAAGAAUCCCCCAAAGGCGUCUGAGGAGGGAAAAGAAGCAUCAGAUCCGAGAUCUAUCCAGCACCUAACGGUUCCAAUAACGUCCCGAUCUGCAUCCUAUGGAUCCGAUGCUUCUCAUUCGUCUACACCGAACCAUUCUUUACCUUCUCCUGCUUCGCCCAUUGCAUCCGGCACCUCUAGCUCGCCUUUAUUUCGGUCUCGAGCGAAAACGCUAGCUUCGUUGACGACUUCCAGACAUAACUCCCAAACCGAGUCAGCCCCGCGAGAAAUGAAACUGCCUCGGGAUCCAUUCGUCAAUGGCCAACCUGUUGAGGCGUACCUGUACAAGGAUGCCUCCGAAUGCCCAAUUUGUUUUCUUUACUAUCCUCCUUAUCUUAAUCGCACUAGAUGUUGCGACCAACCCAUUUGCUCUGAAUGCUUCGUUCAGAUCAAACGCCCGGACCCUCACCCACCGGAGCAUGCAGACUCGGACUCGAACGCUGCGACCCCAGCCAACGAGGCUGAACGACAGGAAAACCAAGAUGUCCAACUCGUCUCUGAACCUGCGGCCUGCCCAUUCUGUGUGCAACCUGAAUUUGGCGUUACAUAUUUGCCCCCUUCAUUCCGUAGAGGGUUGACAUAUGCAUCGGAUCCAAGUGGCCGUCCGAAUAUAGCAACACCCGUGUCUUCAACGUCAUCGCUAUCUUCGGCAACUGCCCCUGCUACUAGCCGUCGGCGCGCAACAUCAUUGUCUGCGACUGAUCCGGCCGUAAUCACUACAGAUAAGGUGCGGCCUGAUUGGGCUCAGAAAUUGGCGAAUGCUCGUGCACAUGCGGCGCGAAGGUCAGCAGCAGCAACUGCUCUACACACAGCGGCAUAUUUGAUGAACUCAAAUGGAUCCGGAAACGAGUCACGAGGCUUUACUCUCGGCAGGAGAGGAAUGAUGCGGCGUAAUGGUGGACAGGACCCCCCAGGCACACCUAACCGGAGUGCAUCACCAGCAUUACAAGCAUUUGCAUUCUUGACAGACAGGCGCGGUGCCCCACCGGAAACAGACUCGGCUGAAGAAGGAGCGGGAAACCUAGCUCCACCACGAAACAGUUCGAGGAGGACCCGUAUGGAUGAUUUGGAGGAGAUGAUGAUGAUGGAGGCUAUUCGUUUAAGUCUGGCGAGUGAGGACGAACGGCGCAAGAGAGAAGAAAAGGAAGUGCGAAAGGAAGCAAAGAAACGAGGAAAGGAGGCCAAAAAAGCGGAAAAAGUGGCCCGUAAAGCGGGCCUAUAUAGCAACAACGCGAGUAGCUCGGCCCUAGACGCAGCGACAGAUCCCAGACUGAGAAAGGCUACAAGCAGUUCGUCUUCCAUCACCGGCGAAGAGGCGAUAGAGGCGACUAGCACUCCUGGCAAAGGAAAGGCAGUGGAGCGAGUUUCGCCGCCACCCAGCAACGCUGAUUUAGCGGAGCCUGCCAGUUCUAGUGACAUACCGACCGGCCUAGAAGGGCAGCAGCAGCCUCAGUCGUCAUCUUCGCUCGGCCCGCCGGUGCCUCGGGAGCCUACCAAACAAUCACACUUGAGACAUGUCUCCAGCGCUUCCUCGUCAUUUUCGUCUCUGGUCGAGUCUACGCCUGAGGAACCAGGAGCUUCAACCCUCCACGGGGAGGGAGCCAGCUCUUCGGCAGAGCCAUUGUUCAACUUCCGCAGCCUAGCUGCUGUUAUUGGCGACGAGGAAAAAGCGGAUGAAUCGGCCGAGCACGUUGAAGACACCACGUCUCGUACAACAUUGGAAGGGUCAGCAUCACAUACCCCGGGUGCUUUAGCCCCGACUAGUGAGUCUCUGGCGUUGAAUUCUAGUGCAGCCGUGGAGAAGGGUUCGACACUUGAAGAGAAUCAGGAAUGCAUGGUCCCCAAAGAGGUCGAAGCACGAUCAGUGGAGAUCAUUGACAACAGAGAUGCAGAAACCACCACCACAUCAUGA